AUGAAACUUAAAUAUUUGACUAUAGAAGCAGAAAUUGAUGUCUUGGGCGGAUUAUUAGAGGCAGAAAGAUAAGAUCAAUUAUAAAUGAUAGUCUGCUUGAUGAGAUGCUACUAAUCAUGUUGUCGUUUAGGAAUUAUUUAUUGCUAUUAUAAACCUGAUUUUUUUUUAUCUCAGGAAACUGAAAAAGUUGGGUCAUCUCCUAUAUUUGAGGAGGUUAUAUAAUCACUUAAUGAUGUUGGUAGAGAAACCGCUCUGUUUAAUUGUCUCGAAGUUUCUAAUGACUAUAUUGAACUAGCUGUUGUUGAAUGCCUUAACAAUGUACCAUUAUCUGAACUUGACAAUGGAGAAAUAGCAACAGCUAUUAGAUUAUUAGGUUCAUUUAAAAUAUAUCGUGGUAAGAAUUUCAGAUUAAAAUAUGGAGAACAAGCAAAAUCAGAGGCAAUUGGCAUUCUCAUUAGAAAUUUAAUGAGAGUAGUUGAGGAUCCUGAUGAAGAGAUGGAAAUAUUAUCCUUACUUAAAAGUUGCGUUUAUUUCCUUAAGUUCAACUCAAUAAGUUCAGAUAUCAAAAAAUUUAUCGCAAGUAGUCAUGAUGAAUUCAAGCAAGCUUUGUAUGCUAAUGAGUAAUAUCUAUAGAAAUCAAAGUAACUUGGAUUGAAAGAAAUGAGAUGUGCUCAUUUAUGUUGUAACGGAUGUUGA